AUGGCCACCACAACAGAUUACAGCCCUCAAAACCUGUCCUCCGUAUCUGGCCUCGUAGCCGUCGUAACAGGCGGCGGAACAGGCGUAGGCCUCAUGCUAGCCAAAACCCUCGAAGCCAACGGAGCCAAAGUCUACAUCACCGGUCGUCGUCUAGAGAAGCUCCAAGAAGCGGCCAAGCAAGCCCGACAUGGAAACCUCAUCCCGGUCCAGGGCAGUACCACAUCCCACGACGAUUUGCAACGAGUAGUCGACCACAUCACAAAGGAAACAGGAUAUAUUGACGUCCUGGUCAACAACGCGGGCAUGACGACCUUCGACUCCUCACCAAAUGCCCGGCCAAUACCUACGCCACAGUCCACCGUAAGUGAGGUACGAGAUUACUUCUUCAAUUAUCGACCCCAGCAAAUCUGGACCGAUACUCUCGAGACGAACGUCGGUGCUGUCUUCACAACUUCCAUGGCAUUCCUCGAACUCCUCGACGUAGGGAAUAAGCGACGAGACAAGUCCGCUCCAACGAGUCAGAUCAUCACAAUAGGCAGUGUAGGCGGUCUGAACAGGUUCACCAACAGCUUCAUCUACAAUGCCAGUAAAGCGGCGGUGCACCAUUUGAUGAAGAAUCUCGGAACGUUCUUCGUACCAUUCGAUAUUAGAACGAAUGUUAUUGCUCCUGGAUGGUUUCCAUCUGACAUGACCACGGCUGUACAGAAGCAGUGGGAAGGCACGAACGGCGUCAUGCCUCGCGAACUAGUACCAAGACAGCGAAUGGGUGUGGAGGAGGAAAUGGCCGGUACAAUAAUGUAUCUCGUGAGCAAGGCGGGCGGGUACUGCAAUGGCAAUGUCAUGGUGAUCGAUGGUGGAUUCUUGGCGAAUCAUGCCGGAACAUAUUAG